UUAAAUAAAAUGUCAAAAAAUUUUGAACCCCAAAAUUAGAGUGAGAGAGUAGAGAGAGAAAGGGUUGAUUCUAGUUCGGUCUUUCUAUUUCCGUGAAAGAUACGAACUAAAACCUAGAAUUUUGAAUUAAUUAUUUCUCUCUCCCUCAAAAUUUGAGCUCAAAUAGCCUUUUUUUUGGGUAUUUUUUGGAGUUUGAUUUUUGAGGUUCGGGUUUGGAACCUGGAAAAUGAGCAGCCGAAAAGAAGAGGAGCGAAACGAGAAGAUUAUAAGGGGACUCAUGAAGCUCCCUCCUAAUCGAAGAUGCAUCAACUGUAACAGCUUGGGACCUCAAUAUGUUUGCACAAACUUUUGGACUUUUGUUUGCAUAACUUGCAGUGGAAUACAUCGUGAGUUUACUCAUCGCGUGAAGUCAGUUUCUAUGGCUAAGUUUACUUCCCAAGAAGUGGAGGCUCUUCAAAAGGGUGGUAAUCAGCGUGCCAGAGAGAUAUUCUUAACAGCAUGGGAUCCACAAAGGCAUAGACUUCCUGAUAAUAGCAAUGUCAACAAAGUUCGUGAUUUCAUUAAGGAUGUUUUUGUGGAUAAAAGAUAUGCCCUGGAUAAGUCAUCUGACAGACCUCCAAGAUAUACACAGAACGCAAAAGGCCUGGAAGAUGAGACAAGGCGAGCAAGUUCAUACCAUUCUUAUUCACAAAGUCCACCGUAUGAUUUUCAGUAUGAAGAACGUCGAUAUGGGAAACAUGCUUCCGGACUCACUAGAAAGCCUGGGUCAGAUCGAGGCCUGUACGGAGGAAAGCUGUCUAGUUUCUUGAGUCCUGGCCGUGCUAGUGAUCGUGUAUAUGAGGACAUGUUUGCAAAUGAAGGGUCUAAUCCCAGAGCUUCGGACUACUCUGUUUCAAAUGGUGGCUACUCAUUGGGGUCUGAUGUGCUUUUGCCUUCCUCUCAGAAAGACAUUGGAAGACCCUUUAGUGCAGAGUCAAAAGAUAGUUCAAGUGAAUUUGCGCUGCAUCGUACAGUUUCCAACCACUCAGAUGCAUACACCAAUGGUGGAAGAAUGUUGCAUCCACAGAGAACUGCAUCUUUAGGAAGCUUUGGAUCAUUUGAUAGCAGUUCCAUGCCUUUCACAUCAGUAAAUUCUUUUAACUUGCUGGAAAUUGCCUCAGAAUCCGAACAAUCUGCUGAGACUUCCCAUAACAAGUUGUCGUCUACGCCUUCUCAACCACAGUGUUCAAUAUCUGGGAACUUUGAUGGCUUGGAUCUUUUCAGUGCACCCUUUGCACCUCAAAAUGUUACUUCUGCAUCUCUAGCAGCUUGUAUGACAAAAUUUCCAGAGUCAUCUCCAGCUCAAUCAGUUGAUUUGUUCCAGCAAUCUUCUAUUCCUUCAGUUCCAACUCUCAUUUCACAUCAACCAUCUCAAACCCUCCCAUCUUCUUCUUUAGACUUAUUCGCUGAGAUGCCUCAGCAGCAAUUCUCUGCAUGUUACAAUGGAAAAUUCUCCAAGGCAAUGUCAAAAAAUGAAGGAUGGGCAACAUUUGACAUUCCUCAGAACACAUCAUCAAUGGGAAUUGAAAAUUCUACCUCUGCAACAAAACCAUCUUCUGACAGGAGUUUUCUAGGAAACAUAGAUUCAGAAUCGCUUGUGCAUAAGCCAUCCUCUCAGGAUUCUUCUGAUCAUCGGCCGUCUCCAGACAUGUCUACUUUAUGGCAUGAAGGUGCACAAAAUAUUGAAGUAACCCCAAAAGUAGCGAGCAUUCAAUCAUGGAAUGCAUUUGAAGAUUCCAAAAGAGAACAGAUAAUCGAGAACACUGUCGAUAGUGAACCAGUCGCAACCCUCCAUACUUCAGAUGCUAAUCAGUAUCUUGGAUUUAGUAACUACGAGGCUCUAGGUAAUGAUUUAAUUCAAAGAAGUGCAAAAAAUGGUGGACCCUCUUUAUCUAGUAUAUCAUCACAUGCCAGUGUGUUGUUGCAUGAUUUCCACAUGCUUCCUUCAGUGGAUGGAUUACAUUCAAAUCUGACAAAUCACAAGUCUUUCAAUCCAUUUGAUCUUCCCGAUGAUUAUGACGUGGAAUCUAGUAAUAUGUCUCAGUUCUGGGACAUGAGUUCUUUGCAAUCGGCACUUCCAAAUAGCAGUAUACCAACUUCUGAUGUUGAUGGUGUGACUCAGUCUUGGUUUCCCCAAAAUCCAUUUACAUCCUAUGUUCCUGGUGAAGUUUCAUUUGACCCUCCCAUUGGCUCUUUGGGACUUAUAGGACAAGCACCAAGCAACCAGAUACCGAAUGUCCCUGCACAAGGCCCUGUUGUAUCAAUUGGAGGAAAUCCUUUUGCAUAAGAUUCAACUUGUUAUUUUUCUAGCUGAUCUUGCUUCUCUUCGUGGACUCCAAACUGAUGAGAGUUCUUUCUCCGGCGUCGGCAUUCUUUGUGUGGCUUUGAAAAUUAUGUGCCAUUGGUGUGGAAACUUGUUUAGAUUUACCAGUCGAACUCCUGAGGUUUGUAUUAUUAUUAUUAUCUUACCAUUCUGACUGUAAAUGUUGCCGCAGCAGCAGCAACUUGUAUUGGAUUUGUCCAAUUCAAUUUAUGGCCGUGAGAUAUUCUUAUAAUGGUAGUAGUGCCUGUAUCCAUCCCUGGUUUCCUCUUUUGAA